UCAAGAUCGCGGGUCGGGCCAUUUCGCCAUCAUGUUCGCCACGCUCAGGAACAAGUGCUGCCGGUAUCUGUGUUGCCGCAAGAUGGAAGCGGGCGGCACACCCGUGGGUGAAAAAAGGUGCAUCAAAGACAUUUCCCCAGAUACGGAGACCAGCGACGACGACGAAACCAAACGCCGCAUUCGCGCGCGCAACCAAGGACGGCGUUCGUCGGUGAGUUCGGGUUCGCUUAGUACAAAGGAGCCUGCUUCAGGGAAGAAGAUCGUCCCGAAGUCUGCUGCAACGAUCGAGCGGAUCAAGUGUGCCGUCGCGUGCAAUUUUAUGCUGAAUUCGCUCGGGUCCGAAGAGCUCAUGGAUGUCAUACAUGCCAUGGAAGAGCGGAAGGUGCAAGCGGGGGACACCAUCAUCAAACAGGGCGACGAAGGAGAUUACUUUUAUGUGAUUGACAACGGCGAAUUCGACGUCUACAAGAGCAGCACCCCCGGGGUUCCCGUGUUCCAUUAUUCGAACGAAGGGACGUUUGGAGAACUAGCUCUGAUGUACAACAGCCCCCGCGCGGCUACUGUCGUCGCUGUGUCGAGCGGUGCGUUGUGGGCUCUCGACCGCGACACGUUUCGGCGAAUUGUCGUCACUGCCAACAAGUCGCGAUCCGAGCAGAACGAAAAGUUCCUGUCGGGCAUGGACCUCAUGGCCAACUUGACGCCGUCCGAGGUGUCGACAAUCGCCGACGCCCUGCAACCCGUCACGUUCCGCGCCGGCGACGUGAUCAUUGAGCAGGGCGACGCCAACUACGCGUCCUUUCACUUUUACAUUUUGAUCCAAGGCACGUGCGCGUUUGUCUUGACGCAUGGCGAGACUGGCGACAGGACUCCGAUCGGCAACGUCGAGGCUGUGGGGUACUUUGGGGAAAAGGCACUGACGGAAAAGUCCAAGCGCGCCGUGAGCGUGAUCGCGACGUCAGAUGUCGUGCAUUGCCUCUCGAUGGACGUCGCCACGUUCGAGCGACUCAUGGGGCCAUUCCACGACGUCUUCCACCGAAAGAUCCACAGCUACGUGGACCCGACCAACGUCGUCGGCGCCACAAAUCGCGUCUAGCUGGAAUAAUAAAUGCAUCGGGUGGCGUGAGACAACGGGAACUACGGCCUCUGGUCCCACGACGCAGACCCAGCG